AUGAGACCCGUUAUAGCGGUUCCAGCUACUGCUGCGCUCGUAUACAGAGCGUACUCGCGAAAGUCACUGACCCCAAUCGGACUUCUUGCAGCGUUCGCGACAGCAGGUGUACACGCGUUACAUCCGUGGAGUGUAUUCUUUGCUCUUCUUGCAGUCUUCUUCUUGGCUGGCAGUACCGUAACGAAGGUCAAGCAUGAUAUCAAAGCGAAAUUGACACAGUCAGCGACAGGUGCAUCUGGUGGAGAAGGCACUCGCAACCAUGUUCAAGUUAUUGCGAACUCCGGCGUAGCCUCGGUGCUAAUAUUGCUGCACCUCUGGCAGCUAAGGAAAGAAGGGAGAUAUGGUGACCAGGGUCUAUGUUGGCAUAGAGGCAGCGACGCGCUGGUGAUAGGUAUCGUAGCUAACUACGCCGCAGUCGCCGCAGACACUUUCUCCUCUGAACUCGGUAUCCUAUCAAAAUCGAAGCCACGUCUUAUAACAGCUCCGUGGCGCAUCGUUCCGCCUGGUACAAAUGGAGGGGUGACAGCGACUGGACUUGGUGCUGGGCUGCUCGGAGCUUUCAUACUCUCAGCCACAUCUACACUCCUUGUGCCCUUCUGCAAAGACUGGAGCUUCUCGCAGAAGACUGCAUAUACACUUGCUUUGACAGCUGCCGGUUUUGGUGGAACACUUCUCGACUCGCUCCUCGGUGCUCUUGUCCAAGCUAGCGUCAUCGACGUGCAUUCAGGCAAGGUUGUAGAAGGUGAGGGAGGCAGACGAGUUCUUGUACGCAGCAGUAACCCGCUCCACCUCUCGAAAGUGGGUCAGAUACAAGGUAAAGUCAGCAGUCGUUCGGAAGGCUUGAAUGGCACCGCGAAGACAAGCGGCGUGGACACUGCAGCGUCGGUCAAGGCAUCGGGGACAAUGCUGAAGGCUGGAGCGAGCGGCAAUGCAGUCGUGGACCCGCAGCAUGAGAGUCGGAAAAUCGAGGUUGGGAGCGAUCUGCUAGACAAUAAUGCUGUCAACAUCCUCAUGGCGGCUAUGUCUCUCCGCUUCGUCCCUAACAAGGCGCACCCCACGCAAACCGCUCUCGAGACUUCGGCACCCUCUGCUCCCGGUGUCCACGACACGCUGCGAUCUCGCCUCGCCCAGACUUCCAUAGCACCUACCGCAUCGUCGUCGUCGACAGCACCCGUCGCUCUUCAGUCUGCCCACCCACUCGAGGCUCGUCUUACCCAAUGGCGAGACACCCAAGAUCGCCUGAAGAUGGAAAUGCUGAGGCGACAGUUUGGCAUUGCAGAGCCAGUGCGUAGGGGUAUGGAGCUCAAGAUCGCUGAGGCAGGCGAGUGGAGGCCGGCAACCCUGGGCGGAAGCAGUGGCGUUCACCGGGACAUUCUGCAGGGACGAGAUUGUGAAAUUGGCUGGGAGGAUGUGUUCACAGGCAGCGAGCUACGUGAGGUGCCAGACUUCCACACGGAGAUUGAGCACAAGAUGAAGAUGAACUGGUAG